UCCAGAGAUUGGGGGGAUUUAUGCAUUUUCACGAGUGAUUUUUGGUCUGGUAAUUGUUUCAUAAUGCGUCCAUCGCUGCGGGCUCUGCGCCGCUUUGCACCAACCAAGAUCAAGUUCCACUAGUUGAAACGGCGGUGGGAGAAGAGAGAGCUUCAGAUGAGAUCGUGUCCUGGGCUCGGAUUCUCGCAUUCAAGGGGGAAAGCAAAGCUGCUGGAACAUUUUGCACAGAUCUCCGCCCGCUUUUGGACGCCUGACAUAAAGACACCUUGGGCAGAUGUGCGCAUAAAACCGGCACAAGACAAGGGAAUCCUGCUUCACCAGUGGAUGAAAGUCACAGUUAAAAAUGCAUGCGGCAACUCUUAUGUGAUGUGGGAUUACCGCGUUUUUUAUUAACCCCAUUGCUCUUGGCCAUGUUUGAACUUUGGUGUUGGCUCUUUUCCGAGAUGACACUGCUUAUUUCAGCCGUUGGAAGAGCUCGGGAGCGUCGGAUGCCACGUUACUGGCGUGAAUGAGACUGUGUGAGGCUGGUUUAUGGAGCUAAACGCAGAGCAGACUUGGUUUUUGCAAGCCGACGGAAGGGCGGGUGAAAUCACAGAAGAAGAAAAAAAAAUCCAUGGUUUCUCUGAGGUUGGAGGAAAAAAAAAAGUCUGGGCAAGGCGGUGAUUUUUUUUUUUUGUUUUUUUUUUCGGGAUGAUUUGGCGUUUACCGGGAUCAGCACGAUGACACCUAAAACUGGCACCACACUUGAGUGAGCUGGGGCAUCCUCUCCCAGGAAACAUGCAUAUCUGGAUCCUAAAAAUAAUCCUUCUGAUUGCAUCAUCUCCAAGGCUGGUUGAGAUGUAUGACAGUUAUGGGGAGAUCUGCCGGAACCUGUGCACCUGCGAUGAGAAGGAAGGGAUCCUGACAGUGAGCUGCGAGAACCGGGGGAUCAUCAAGCUGACAGAGAUCAGCCCAGUCCGAUUCCCCACUUACCAUCUACUGCUGACUGGGAACCUCCUGAAGAAGCUGUCUGUCAAUGACUUCAUCAACUACACGGGGGUGACCAUCCUCCAUUUGGGAAACAAUGACAUUUCCGAAAUAGAAUCGGGUGCCUUUAAUGGACUCCAGGGAUUAAAGAGGUUGCACCUGAACAACAAUAAGAUUGACAUUUUGAGAGAUGACACUUUUGCAGGGCUCGAGAGUUUGGAAUACUUACAAAUUGACUACAACUACAUCAGUAUAAUUGAACCCAAUGCCUUGAGCAAACUCCACCAACUCACAGUGAUGAUUUUGAAUGACAACUUGCUGUCUGCCCUCCCUCCAAACAUCUUCCGGAAUGUUCCCCUCACGCAUUUGGACCUGAGGGGGAACCGUUUAAAAAUGUUCCCCUACAUUGGCCUCCUGGAGCACAUGGACAAGGUUGUGGAGUUACAGCUGGAGGAGAACCCCUGGAACUGCUCUUGUGAGCUCAUUGCCCUCAAGGCUUGGCUGGAGAGCAUCGCCUACACAGCUCUGGUGGGGGAAGUGGUGUGCGAAACGCCAUUUAGGCUUCAUGGUAGGGAUCUAGAUGAGGUGUCCAAGCAGGAGCUCUGCCCACGAAGACCCGUGGAAGACACGGUGAGGCCGGCGCCCCCUAGCAGCACCAAUGGAUAUUAUCAGACCACACCAGCUGCUGUCACAGCCUCCGCCACAUCUUCGGCUGUUUUUAGGUCCUCUUCUAGGCCCACCAAGGGCACGAGGCAGUUCAACAGAACUAGGUUAAAGCCCACCUCUCGAUUGCCUGGCGGUAACCCUUACAAUUAUGGCCCCAUCAUUGCUUUUCAGACCAAAUCUCCUGUGCCUUUGGACUGCCCCACUGCCUGCACGUGUAAUCUGCAGAUUUCUGAAAUUGGGUUAAAUGUAAACUGCCAAGAGAGGAAGAUCGAGAGCAUUUCUGACCUGAAACCCAAGCCAUACAACCCUAAAAAAAUGUAUCUGACUGGAAAUUACAUCCCUGUGGUGCGGAGAUCAGAUUUUGUGGAUGCCACUGGAUUGGAUUUGCUUCACCUGGGAAACAACAGGAUAACCCUGAUCCAUGACCGAGCUUUUGGGGAUUUAAACAACCUGCGUAGGCUGUAUUUAAAUGGUAAUCUCAUGGACAGGCUUACAGGAGAGAUGUUUUUUGGCUUGCAGAAUUUGCAAUAUCUUUAUUUAGAGUACAACAAAAUCAAGGAGGUGGACACAGGCACUUUCCGCUACCUUCCAAAUCUCCAGCUGCUUUUCCUAAACAACAACCUCCUUAAAACCUUACCCACAGGCAUCUUUUCCAGCCUCUCUCUGUCUAGGCUUAAUCUGCGCAACAACAACUUCCAGAAUCUCCCUGUGAGUGGUGUUUUAGAUCAGUUGAAGCUCCUGGUGCAGAUAGAUCUCUUUGAAAACCCCUGGGACUGCUCAUGUGACAUUGUGGGGAUGAAGAUAUGGAUGGAGCAGCUCAGCGCAGGCACCGUGGUCAAUGAAGUCAUCUGUGAGACGCCCAAGCGCCACGCAGGGAUGGACCUGCGUUCAAUCCAGUCGGAGCAGCUGUGCCCGGAUUACUCUGAUGCAUACGUCCUGCCAACUCUCCCAACGGAAGAGCCCAUGGACGACCGCGCCAUCACCACGGACGCUCCCCAAAGGAUAAUAACCCCCAGCAGUACCGUCCCCCUCUCCGUCCUCAUUCUCAGUCUGCUGCUUGUGUUCAUCAUGUCCGUCUUUGUGGCCGCGGGGCUUUUUGUUGUAGUCAUGAAAAAACGCAAAAAGUCACAGAGUGACCGCACUAGCACCAACAAUUCAGAUGUCAGCUCUUUUAACUUGCAAUACAGCCUGUACAGCAACCGCUCGGGCCCAAAAGUCAAAGCCCCCGCUGGCCACGUCUAUGAGUACAUCCCCCAUCCUAUGGGCCACAUGUGCAAAAACCCCAUUUACAGAUCACGGGAAGGAAACACAGUAGAGGAUUACCGCGAUCUGCAUGAGCUGAAGGUCACAUACAGGAGUACGCCGGACGAGGAGAGGGAGAGGAGCCCCACGUACAGCGUUAGCACUAUCGAACCGCGUGAAAACCCUUCCCCUGUCCCGGAUGCAGACCAUUUCUUCAGAGGCAUCCUUGAUCCCGAUAAGCAAUCCCCUCACCAGUCCAUCCCAUCCAUCCCAGUGGGCGCCAACUUAGAGUACAAGUACACUGGGCCCGUUUCAUACACGUACAACCCAAACUUCGAUGUCAGACGUCAGUUUUUGCACCCGGAGAGGAUAAGAGAAACGGUGCUGUACGGCACAGCCCCCAGUACUGUUUAUGUUGAGCCCAAUAGGAACGAGUACUUGGAGCUAAAAGCUAAACUGCAGUCUGAGCCCGAUUACCUCGAAGUUCUCGAGAAACAGACCACCUUUAGCCAGUUCUGAGCAGCAGAAUCACUAAUGUAAUGAAGCAUUUUCUCUCUUGAUCCUCCCUGAAACAGUGGGCUCAGUUUCUAGGGUGCCUUGGCACAAAAUACAAACAAGCAGAAGAGGAGGAGUUGAGACGGGGUGUGCCGAACAGUCUUAUUCUCAUUUCUGAAACAUGACAUUGCAGGAAUGGAUAUACAGCUUUCUGAAAAAUGGAUGAACAAAAUGGCUAACUGAUCAUGCAAAUUUUAUUUUUCUAUGGAGAAGAUUGAAUAAACACACUAAAUGGAAGUGUACAGGUAAAUCCUUCCCAGCUUCAUUUUCAGGAAUAUAACCAUACAUAAAAAAGGUAUAUUGUGAAUCAAAAAAAAAAAAAGCAAAGAAAUGUUGGACAAAACCCACUGUACAGCAGAUCAUCAAAACUCUGUAGGACAAUUUUCUGCUGUCGUCUGUAAGUAAAUAUUUAUUGCUAUAAUCUGCCAUGUCUUUUCAAAACGUUUGAUUCUACAUCGAUAUUCCGUGUGUCAUCAUACUCCAUGAUCCCCCGGACAGGCUUACGUUUGUAGUUUCAUUUCCUGUAGCUCUGCAUUGUAAAAGUGGCUUUUUUUGAAAGUGGCACACCCCCGCCCCCAAUGUUCAAAAUGGACUGCAUCAUUUGAAGAAGAUGAGAAACAAAAAAAAACUAAACAAAAAAAACACACAUGAAAAAAAAAGUGUCUUUGUAUGCUUUCUGCACUUUUUGGAAAUGGAAGGCAUUGCCUUCAGUGAGCUCUCAUAAAGAAGAUUAUUAUAUUAAAAAUGAAUAUGGGUAUUCAUUCUUAAUAUGUAGAAUUGAUAUGUUAUGAAUAACUAAAUUCAGCAAAGGAUAUUUGGAGUAUUCAUUAUGUUGUGUAAUACUGCUAUUUUAAUCAAUGUAACACUUAUUUUUAUACAAGCAUUGGCAGAUUCUCUAUCCAUUAUUAGUUCUCUGUUUUGAUUGCUUUGCACUUAUUGCACUAUAUUGACCAAACUAUGUUAUUGUCAUCAAAUAAACAUGAUGUCAGGUUCAUACAAUUUGCUCAUGAGGAGGCUGAAGCUGCUAGUGGUCAUAUGGAUUUGGGCUUGGCUACAAAAGAGUGACUUGUAGUGACUAACAAGAACUGGCUAUGCAUUGGACUCAAUCAAAUCUGCUAAAAGAUACAGUGGCAGCUGGUGUCUCGGAGAGGAUUGGAAUCAAUGGGAUCCAAUCAAUGAGCAUUAUCCCUCUGCAGUUAUACCAUGACAACAGCAUCCACAUUACUGUCUGGCAAGCGACGAGGUCAUUUAUAUAAACAUCACUGGAGCUAACUCCAACAAAGCCAAUAUGGUAUAAACUUUGACGAUGAUUAAGAUGCACAGCUAGAUUAAGGGUUUCUAAUCCAGCUUUAAUUGGUUUGAUGUGCAAACAGUCUAGAUGCGUUCUUUUACAGAAAUUAAAUUAAGAAAAUAUGUUCAAAGGCUUCAUUUUCUGAUUUCUUUCUGGUUACUUGACCCACUUAAAUGCAAAGCAGGUCUAUAAAAAUGCAAGGGGUGCGCUGUGCCUCCAUUUUCAGUGUGCAGUGAGCAUCACCAUUUAGGAAUUCAAUGUCCCCUAACAGAGACAGACGGGAUCUUUCUGCAGAGGAAAUCUGCCGCUUAAAGCUUGAAUCACAGGGAAUUAUUUGGAUUAUUGUGAAUUUAUAAUUACCAGUGCUCUGUCUGCAAAGAUUUGCUGUAUAACUGUAUACUUUUUUUUUUUUUUGGUAAUUUUUACUCAGCUUUCAGAGGGGUGCCAGCUGCUCUCCUCAAAAAUGAAACACUCUGGGAUCCUUAGCCUUGCCUGGAUCUUUUCAUAGGCGCUGAGAUCAAGAACAGAAGGCACCAUUUGGGAGAUGAGGAGUCCUGGAACCGAAUGUAACUGUGGAUGUGUCAUACGUGUAGCUGGGGAUGUGAAUCAUAGCCAAGAAGUGUGUGCAGUGGCCUGUGGGGUCGCAUGGUGCUGACAUUUUUUUUGAAAUAUCUUGGUUUUUCUCCUUCCUGUUUUGGAAAAAAAAAAAAAACUGUUUCCUGAGGAGUACCUGAGCAGUGCAAAUGCUUAAAAUGUGACACCGAUGGCAAAGCAGUGUUUGUUAUUGCUAUUUAAUUUCUUAGUAAGCCAUAUUUUCAGGAUGAUUCAACUAAGAAACACACGGGACCAAAAUGCUUGAGCACAAUUACAUAAUCAAUCACUGAAUCAUGUGUUCCAAAUGGGUUUGUUGUAGCUGCAUGUGUGCAUAUGAAGUUAUAUUCUUGCCACACUCUGUGCAGGUUUAUCAAAGUUAGGAGUUUGUGGUCUUUGCAGUUUGGGAAACCACUGCCUGUUGAAAUAAUGCUUUUAAUCAACCAAUGGGCUAGUUAGGUCUUAAAACAAAUGGACGUUACAAGCAGGAGCAGACUUUACCAUUAUGGAUUACUCCAUUUACUUCUUUUCACAUGUUCACUCCAUCAGCUACAUUAAGUUUUCAUGAAAUGCAGCCAGCACGUGAAACCUUCAAAACAAAAACCUUCACAAACCUGACAUGUUGGCCAUCAGCAUCAGUUUGAAAGUGGAAAUUCUGUACAAUGACUUUUUUUUUUUUCAGUUUGAGCUUGAAAGCAUAUAGUGGAGUGUCUGAAGCAACUAUACUGCAAAAACGCAUUUCUUAGAAGGUAAAAAAAAAAGAAAAAAAGCCUGGUUUUGAGAGAAAAGUGGGAAAACUAUUUAAGACUAUUUUGCUAGUUUUUAAGAAUUCUAGUCCAACACAUUUUUCUUACCCCAUUGGCAAAAUCUUGCUCAAAAUAAGACAGUUUUGACAAGAUUUAGGAAUAUUAGGCUUAUUUAAAAAAGAACAGUUUUUGCAGUCUACUUAUUUCAAACCUUUAAGAAUCUCCCCACUUUUUUUUGUUCAGGGCCACUUCACUAUGAAAGAGAGUUAGACACCAGAGUGGUUCUGAUUGGCAGUGUUUUGUGAUGUCACAGGCCCAGAUUUGAGAAAGAAAAUUCCAACUAAUACAUCUUUAAGCCCCUCUUAUAGGGCCUGUCUUUAAGAUUCCUGCUCAAAAAUGUCCCAACUGAUUUAAAAUGGCUAUAUCUGAGCAACAACGAGGUGUGUUUGAAUA